CCCCCGGCCCCGCAGGCGCGGCCCGGCCCGGCCAUGCCGGCCAAGAGGAAGCCGGUGCUGCCCGCCCUCAACAUCGCCCCCAGCGCCGCCGAGGGGCCCAGCCCCGACGGCUCCGCAGAAGCUAACCUGGUGGACCUGCAGAAGAAGCUGGAGGAGCUGGAGCUGGAUGAGCAGCAGAAGAAGCGCCUGGAAGCUUUCCUGACACAGAAAGCCAAAGUGGGGGAGCUGAAGGACGAUGACUUCGAGAGGAUCUGCGAGCUGGGCGCUGGCAAUGGCGGCGUGGUCACCAAAGUGCAGCACAAACCCUCAGGGCUCGUUAUGGCACGGAAGCUGAUCCAUUUGGAAAUCAAGCCAGCCAUCAGGAACCAGAUCAUCCGGGAGCUGCAGGUGCUGCACGAGUGCAACUCCCCCUACAUCGUGGGCUUCUAUGGAGCCUUCUACAGCGACGGGGAGAUCUCCAUCUGCAUGGAGCACAUGGAUGGUGGCUCUUUGGAUCAAGUGCUGAAAGAAGCCAAAAGAAUUCCUGAGGAAAUCCUGGGCAAAGUCAGUAUAGCGGUUCUGCGGGGCCUGGCCUACCUGCGGGAGAAGCACCAAAUCAUGCACAGAGAUGUGAAACCCUCCAACAUCCUGGUGAAUUCCCGAGGGGAGAUCAAGCUCUGUGACUUUGGGGUCAGCGGGCAGCUCAUUGACUCCAUGGCCAACUCCUUUGUGGGAACUCGGUCCUACAUGUCUCCCGAGCGCCUGCAGGGCACGCACUACUCGGUGCAGUCGGACAUCUGGAGCAUGGGGCUGUCCCUGGUGGAGCUGUCGAUCGGAAGGUACCCAAUCCCCCCGCCAGACUCCAAGGAACUGGAAGCAAUUUUUGGCCGUCCUGUGGUGGACGGGGCGGAGGGAGAGUCCCCCAGCAUCUCGCCGCGGGCCAGGCCCCCAGGACGCCCCGUCAGUGGCCACGGGAUGGACACCAGGCCUGCCAUGGCCAUCUUUGAGCUGCUGGAUUACAUCGUUAACGAGCCACCUCCCAAGCUGCCGAGUGGAGUCUUCACGCAAGAUUUCCAGGAGUUUGUAAAUAAAUGCUUAAUUAAGAACCCAGCAGAACGAGCAGAUCUGAAGAUGCUGAUGAGCCACACGUUCAUCAAGCGCUCCGAGGUGGAGGAGGUGGAUUUCGCGGGCUGGCUGUGCCGGACGCUGCGGCUGAACCAGCCCAGCACUCCCACCCGAGCUGCCAUGUGAGCCCGGCUGGCACUGCUGCCUCGGGCACCGCUUCCUCUGCUCCCUGCAGGGCACAGCUGGCCCUCCUUCCUCCCUCCCAGCGCCAAAGCUCCGGCCCGGGGCGGCUCCAUCCUCCCGGGGCGGCUCCAUCCUCCCGGGGCAGCUCCAUCCACCGGGGUCGGUCCCCUCGGACCUGGGGGUGUUCCAGGCUCUGCUCCAGCUCUGGAGCUCCUGACACUUGGGAAUUGUGGUGCUGCUUAUGUUGGUUUUUCUUCAUUUUUGGGUUUAUUCUUGUUUUGGUUUGGGUUUUUGUUUUGUUGUUUUGGGAAUUAAGAAGGAAGGUGAUGGCGCGUGUGAGGUGGCGCGGGAUGAGGGGCGGCUGGUGCUUCACCCCAUCCCUGGUUUCUCUCUGGGAUGGAGAAUCAGUGGGAUCAGGAAUGGAGAAACCCUGCCUAGGGUGGCCCAGAGCAGUGUCCCUGUCCUGCCUGAGGCCACAGCUGGGCUGGGGGCAGAACAGGGAUUGCUGCUUGGUUUAAAUCUGCUUUAAACGGUUCUGAUGGAGCCUGGCUUGUCCUGAGCUGGAUGUUCAGGGGAGGGGCUGGAUCCAUGGGAAUGGGGAUGGCUCCCACUUUUCAGUGUCCAGGCGAGGGGAGAGGGUGCAUUUUGGAUUUUCCUUCCCUGGAGAAGGGGAGGCAGAGCCUGGCUAUUCCCAGCAGCUGUGCCCAGGGUUGGGGUCGCUCUCCUGAUCACGUUGGGGGCACAGGGAACCCUCCAGGCUGCAUUUUCCCCCCUCCAGGCUGCAUUUUCCCCCCUCCAGGCUGCAUUUUCCCCCCUCCAGGCUGCAUUUUCCCCCCUCCAGGCUCCAUUUUCCCCCCUCCAGGCUGCAUUUCCCCCCUCCAGCUGCCUCCAGCCCAUCCCAGGGGUGACCUCAGCCAUUGUGGCCGUGGCAGAGCUCCAGGAUUCCCUGUCAGAGCCCCCUGGCCAGGGAUGAACCCACUCUGAGCCCACGUUGUUGUCCCUGGAUUGUCCCUCCCUCCCAUCGAGGACCCUGCAGCCCCCCAGGCCCCUUCCCACCACGUGGAUUUUGGGGUGAAUUAUUCCUUUCCUUCCCCCCAUGUGGGUUUAGCAACCCCUGAGCCCCCCCGUGAGGAUUUGGGAAUUUUUUUGUGUUUUCCUUGUAUUUUUUUUUUGGCUGUUUUUCACUCAGUCAGGCUGGCAGCUGCCAUCCCCCUGCCUGCCCUGGGUCCCACCAUGGCAGCCCCCCCAAAAAUUAACUCCCAGGCCUGGGUACCCCCAAACCCCUCAUCCCUUUUCCUUUCCUGUUUUCCAGCACAGGACAGAGGCACUGCCCUGCCUGGUGCCAACCCACGGGGCAGCCACAUCCCCAAAGGGGGGACACCCCAAUUUUUUGGGGGGAAGACCCCGAUUUUGGGGAGAACACCCCAGAUUUGAGGGGUCUGUGCUUGCUGGCUCAGCUCAUGCCCAACCAAGCCCCCCUGGAGCCGUGGGGUGCUCGAUGUGAUGGAUUUUGCCUCUUAUUUAAUAUGGGAAGGUUCCUCAAGUUUCGGGCUAUUUUCCAUCAGUUUUGGUGCUGGGUUUUGGAGAGGAAAAGGAGGAAAAGGAGGAGGAGGAGGAGGAGGAGGAGGAGAGCAUGGACGGAGCAGUUUGGUGGUGCAAUUAAUUUUGUUUUGUUUUUUUUUUUUAAACUCGAUAUUUUCAUCAUGGACGGGGAGGGGGGGGGAAAUAAUAAAUAAACGGCACUUUACAUUUCCA